UUUCCAUUGACUCGGCACUGCCUGGACACAAAAUCCACGCCGCCGUCGCCGCCACAACACCAUCAUGGACCUGUUCAAGCCCAAGAAGAACCCCGAGAAACUCGCCAAGCACUUGAGGGAAGCCAUGGAGAACCCCAGUGCUCCCGUCAAGCCGGACAAGAGUGGAAAGGUAGUUGAUAUCGUGACGAAGCGACUGCAGCAAAUCAAAGUGAUGUUGUAUGGCGAAGUGGGCCAAGAUGAGUCGAGUCCCCAGAAAUGCUCGCAGUUAGCGGCGCUGUUGAUAGCAGACAACGCGUUGCCGCGCCUGGUGCUGAACCUCGCGGGGCUGCCGUUCGAAGCUCGAAAGCACGUGGCCCAGAUCUACAACAACUUCAUUCGGCGCGACUUGAGUGGAUUCGUCACGUACAUCGAACGCCAGCCGCAAAUCAUGUCGACGCUAGUGCGUGGGUACGAGAACGCCGACAUUGCGCUCAACUGCGGCACCAUGCUUCGUGAAUCGAUUCGGCACGAGGCGUUGGCACGACAAGUACUCUACUCGGACGACCUGUGGAAGUUCUUCGAUACGUAUGUGCACUUGCCCAACUUUGACGUCGGGUCCGACGCGUUUGCAUCGUUCAAAGACCUUUUGACCCGGCACAAGGGCCUCCUCUCAGUAUUUUUCGAUACCCACUUUGACCAGGUGUUUGAACAAUACAAUCGCCUGUUGUCGUCGGAAAACUACGUGACACGACGCCAGUCCCUCAAGCUGCUGGGGGAAAUCUUGCUGGACCGGUCGAACUUUGACAUCAUGAUGCGCUACAUUUGCAAGCGCGACAACCUCAAGAUGAUGAUGAACCUGCUGCGCGACACGAGCGCCAACAUCCAAUUCGAAGCAUUCCACGUGUUCAAAGUGUUUGUGGCCAACCCCAAGAAGCCCAACGAGGUCACGCAAAUCCUACUCAACAACAAGGACAAGCUGAUUGCGUACUUGGAGAAGUUUCAAAACGAUAAAGACGAUUCGCAAUUCGUGGAAGAAAAAGCGCUGUUGAUUCGCACGUUGGGCACGCUGGAGCUCGCGGCGGAAGACCCGCCCAAUGGUGUUGUGAUGAUUGAUGCUGUGCUGUCAAAAGUAACGUCGUCGUGUGUAGAGGCAGCCACUACCAAGGACCAAGUCCCCACCGCAUAGAGUUAGCGUACCAGGGACGUUCAGAUAGUAUGGGCAACCAACCACGUACUUCGUGACAAUGAGAUUUGUAUGUACUGUCUGUCAUGUCACUGUUCGUUCGUUCUAUCGUGG